AUGUCGUGGUGUGAUGAGACCCUGCAGUCUCAGUACGAGAUCUUCGAUCUCAUAGGCGAGGGCUCCUACUGCAGAGUCCUAAGAGCUCGCCACCGCCUCACAGGAGUCCCUGUCGCCAUCAAGGUAUUCGACAAGCAAGACCAGAGAUUUCUCAAGAGUGCGGAGGAGGUGGAAAUUCUUCAGACGAUAGCCCACCCAAACAUCGUGUCCCUGUUCCAAAUUUUCGAAACUCACAAGAACAUCUACCUGGUCCUUGAACUGUGCCACACAGAGCUUCUGCAGCACAUCUCCAGGAAGGGCUGCCUGCACGAGGAAGAGGCCCGCAGGAUCUUCCGGCAGGUGCUGGACGGUAUCAGGUACUGCCACAGCCAGGGCGUGGCACACCUGGACCUCAAACCGGACAACGUCAUGCUGGACGGCAGGGGCAACGCGGUCAUCAUCGACUUCGGCCUGGCCACCAGGUUCUCGCCGGGACAAAAGCUGACCAAGCACUGUGGGGCUAUUAUGUACAUGUCGCCAGAAGUCGUGCGCUGCCAGCCAUACGAUGGCCCCAAAAAGGACAUGUGGUCUCUGGGGGUCAUUCUCUACCUGAUGGUCACCGGGAACCGCCCUUUCAAAUACAGAAGCUUUUGGCAACUCAGGCGGAACAUUGUUACUGGCAAUUACACAAUACCCGGAGACCUAGCUCCACACUUAAGGUCACUCAUCAGACAAUUAUUAAGCAUCAACCCGAACCAGAGGCCCACGGCGAUGGAAGCUAUGAACCAUCCUUGGCUUCAGCAAGGCCAAGGGGAGGCCGGGGAGGCCGGGGAGCCCGAGCCGCUGCCCCGAGAGCUGGACACUGACAUUCUCUCGGUGAUGGACUUCAUGCACUUCGAUGUGGGCAAAACCAUCUGGUCCAUUCGGGAAAGAAAGUUUAACCAUCUGCUGGCCACGUAUCGCCUGCUUCAGUACAUGGCCAAGAGCGGCCCGGGGGCCAUGGCCAAGGACAAGCCAGAAGGCGCGGGGAGGAAGCCUUGCCCCUCGCUGGCCGACCCUCUGCUGCCUAGAAGGAGGCACUCGGCGCCCGCUCUGUGGCUCUUGUCUGCACCACUGCCAUCGUGGGAGCUGCCCAGGCACCAGACCUUCUGCAAUGCCAGUGUCCCCGACCUGCACCCGUCCAGUCUGCAUGAGAGGACCUCGGGGAGGUCCCGCCCUGCGCGUCCCGGCCUCCCCAGCGCCCCAGGCUCCCUGCACCCCAGCCCCGGCCCGCAGCGCCCCGGUGAGGCAGGGCCUUCAAGCAAGGACACGCCUGCAUGGCCCCAGGAGAGCCCCGCAGAGGACGAGCCCACCUCCUGCUUCCCGGGCCUGCGAAGGUGCUGGAGGGCCUGCCGGGCAAGGGUCCAGCGCUGCCUGCGGAGGCUGUGGCCCCGCAGGCCUUCCCAGAGCGCCGGCCGGCGCACGAGCCGCGUGCUGCCCUGGGCCAGCCCCGGACCGCCGUGA